AUGUCACUUUUUACUGCUUGUAAGCUUCAGAGCAGCGCACAAACCCGGCGAGAAAGCAAUGAUACCGCAACUGGUCUCGCUGAACGCGCACAUGGGAAUAUGAACUGCUUCGCCGUUCUCGUGUUGUUAGCAGUGGUUGGACUGUGUAACUGUUACGUCAGUCCUAAGGUGUACGAGAGAGUAUUCCGAAGAGAGGGUUUCCCAGAGAAGAUGAUUCCUAAGAAAGAGUUGGACUUGCUCGCUCGUCGGAUAGAUAAAGCACAAGGGGAGUUGGAUGUUCGCCUUGCAGAAGCAGAGUUUCAACUUGCAGUUCGGAAAUCUUACCGGUGGCAGUUCCCAAGGAUUGAUCAAAGGCUAGCACUUGUCAACAGAAUCUUUCGUUGGAUCAUUACAUUCCAGACACAAUUAGGGCGACUCAUAGAUGCUUUCAAUCUUCCUUUGGCUGCUGGUUACAAUUUGUACUCCAACAUUCAAUCCGGAUAUCAACGCGAAGCAACUAGGCACGAGGGAGAUUUCUCUAAGGUUCACAAAGCACUUGAAACGGCCAUGUUGAAAGAGGCUUCGAAAUGGUUGUCGAAGAGAGAACUUAAGGAGUUGCAGCGCCGCAUCGCCGACCUCGACAUACGAGAGCAUAGGAACAUAAUGUUAGCCUAUAAGGUCACCCGAAAGGACUAA